ACGCUACUCAAUUGUAUCGACCUGCAAAUUGUGUUAUUUUGUAUUUUGAGAAAAAUGAGUCGUUCAAUUUUUCUCUUAUUACUUUUGACUAUAAACUACAUUCGAUGUGAUUACCGCGUCAAUACAACUGAGAAAAACGAAGAAGCGAUACAUCAGGAGCAGGACAUCGUAAGAAUCGACUUUUAUUACGAAAGUCUUUGCCCACGCAGCAUUUCCACUUACAGAACAGAAUUCUUACCUGUUGUACAGAAUUUGAAUAACUAUAUAGAUGUUCAUACUUAUCCCUUUGGAGGAUCAAAGAUUCUCAACAAGAACGGAAGACACUUAAUCAAAUGUCACCAUGGACAUCAGGAAUGCAUUGGAAAUGCUCGCCACGCGUGUGCCAUCGAUGUUCUGAAAAAUACAACUGACUACGUAAAAUUCAAUGCUUGUUUAAUGAAGGAACGCAAUAGAUCUGUUGAGCAAUGCGGACGAUUACUUGAAAUAGACGUUGAAGCCAUCGCAAAUUGCUUCAAAAGUGAACGUGCCAUGGAUUUGCUCAAACAUUAUGAAGAAGAAACGAAGAAACAACACCUACGCUACGUGCCUUACCUUCUCAUCAAUAGCGGAAACUUGAAAAACACUGAUGGCCUUAUGAAUGCAGUUUGUGACGCAUUCAAGAAACGACCAAAUGAAUGCGACAACUAACACAUACCUAAAUCGAACAUAUUUUCACAACCAUGUUACUUGCAUUCAGAGCUGUUGUAAUUACC